AGCACUUUAACGCUCAAAGGCAAACGCAUAAAGCAGAUAAAAUGUCGAGACGGAACGAAUGUCAAACACGGCGCUUCUGAUCUGAGUGAGGAUUUUUCUGACCACGGUCUGACGUCCACAGAAGAAGUAGGAUAAAAGGAAAAGGAUGAAUUUGAGAAGAGGCAGCAGGUGUGCUGUACCGAAGGGCGAACAAGAGUUUCACCUAUCAUGCUGCAGAACUCAAACUCCAGGAAUCCUGCCAUAGUUGCGUCCCUACUUAACAACGCUCAAAGCAAAACAGCAAAAAUGAAAAGGUGGAGCCACAGGAGGAGCAGUUUUCAAGGAAGCUACUCCACUCGAGGACAAUAUUCACAGAACAGCAUGAACAGCAUCCUGCUGGACGGGCUUAUCUGCUGAAGUUCACUGAACUAAAGAAAGAAUAACCCUGGACAGAAAGAUUUUCUUGGAGCACCUUUACUCCAGACUCGUUGCAUAAAUGUUUCCGGAGUCUUCCUCGUCUUUGGAGGACAGUCUAACUGCGAAAAUGUUUGCCAUCAUCGAGCAGUGGGAUGAGGCGUCCAACCAAUACACAGACGUCACCAAGAAGUACUUCAUGCUUUUGCUCAUCAAGUUUGGACUGGAAACAGCUGUGUUUUACUCAUGCAGCCCGAAAAAGUAUAUGUACUUUUUAAGCGCCUGCAGCCUGUCCGUUUUGCUGGCUGAUUUUCUUCUUACAUUGUUAAUGGGAGCUGCCUGGUUUCUCGGCCCAGAGAAGUCAUUGCCGUCAACCUGCUUCCUGUUGGCUACAGCCUCAACAACAUACGGAGCUCUGCCACUCCCUAUGUUGAUCCUCGGCUUUAUUGACUACUGCUUAGACGACACCUUUAUGAGCAAUGUCUCAGUGUUAUGGAAAACAUUUAGAAAUGUAAUCUUGACCAUGGUGGUUUGGGCGGUUGCUAUUCAUAACUCACUUCACUCUGAUUAUGCCAGACUGGUGGAACUGGAUUCUUCGGGGGAGAUAAAGGUGCUUCUCUGUAAAGUGACAGAGUCAACAGUGAUCACAACCUUUACUUUCGGACUUUUCAUGGCAUGCCUACUGACACUGGUGCCAUUUUGGUCCAGAAUUCCCCAGUGGUUGAGAGAAGUCGACAGGAUGCUUGAAGCACGGGAGCAGCAGCAGAACAUGAGGAGCGAUCUGCUCCUCACUUCUACCUGGAAUCCCAACCCAGAAACAAAAACCAGACUGGAGGAAUAUCCCGAGGAGAACAGCCUGACGAGGCCUCCUCUGUGGUUCAGCAUAACACUUGGCUUUAUAUUGUUCUGGAUGCCAUAUCUUGUGAUGUCUGUCUCUUGCCUGAUCUGCGGACUUGGAGUACCCACACACCUCGGAGUAAACCUUCUGUGGUUGGAGUGCUCCAACAGCCUCCUGGUGGGUUUGGUGUUCUGGGCAAAGAGCUACACAAAGGGGCCUUACAGCAGUCUACCAGAGGACGUGUGCUUAUGGCAGGUUUACUGGCACUUAAGCAAAGAUAUACGACGGUCUCUGCCACCUACCGCUGUGUUUAAAGCACCAUGUGAAAAGAAGAGCAGUUCAUUUCAUGUGUAGAAAAAAAUAAAUAAAUCGCCCAACAACACAGCAAUGCAGACUAAAUGAAAGUCCUCCGGCAUAUGAAUCGAUCAGUGAUCGGACUCUGUGGUUGUUACUCCAUCCUGCUCGUGGCUGAAUGUUACAAAAGCUAGACUCAGAAACGAAUCUCCACAGAUCGUCCUCUCCAGAAGCCAAGAGGUGAUAAAUUGCAGCUUUAAAUGAACUGUUAACUUUUCACUGCAUGCCUACUGAUACUGGUGCCAUUUUGGUCCCGAACUCUGCGAAGUUGAUCUUCGCAGCAAAAUGUUGCAACUGUUUACUGUGCACGGAGGGAAAUUUGCAAUGACUACAAAAUGUAGCAGAUCACUUUAUCUUCUUUUAUUUUAACUUUAUGGACUCUACUGAUACAUGUUUGUCAAAAAAUAAUAAAAACAUUUCUGAAA